CGGAGAAUUUGGUUUUCAUCGCAUCAUCGCAGCGCCAAAACAAACACAGAGAGACAAACAAACAACAGCAGCAGCAGCAGCAACAACAGCAACUUGUAUUUCAAUCGAGCUUUCGAUCCGUCCGUUGGUAACACCGCACGAAAACCACUGACGAAACAGAGAGACAGCCMAUCAUACUACCAUGACCACAGCAGGUACUCUUCGUCUUUCGUCCGCCGGAAACAGCAGCAACGGGAGCGGCACAAGCACAAGCAUCGAUGCCUACCUCGAAAGGAUCACCGGCGAUGCCUCMCUGACGACUGCCCAAAAGAACAACUGCGUACGUUUUUGUUUUGUUUGGUUUCGUGGCUUCGUCUCGUCUCGUCGUGCCGUAUCUCACCUCGCCCCACCUCCCCCUGUUUCCGUCGGAACGUCAACACUUUCUUUGGUUUCGAUGCAAUCGCAUUCGCUGUCGACGAAAUGAAAACUAUGCUCCUUGGACACGACAACACGACACAACACAACAAWCYAAACCAAAUCCGAUGCGCCAACAGCUCAAAACGCUGGCCGUCGUCCUCAAAAACCUGAUCGAUCCCUCCAAGGGCGCCGCCCCCGGAGACGCCGGAAUCAAGUACCGGACCCUCAAACUCGACAACCCCAAGCUCGCGGACCGCCUCUUUUGCUCGGCCUCCGUCCGGGACCUGCUGGAAGACGACCGGGUGGGAAUGGUUGAGGCCUCAAGAACCCUCGUCUUGGAGGAGGCCCCUUGCCCUUCCGCCCGCGAAACGCUGGCCCGGGAGGUGCUGCCGGCGAUCGCAAGGGCCCAGUCGGCGCUGCAGCCACGGGCCUCGGUCCACAAAAAGGCGCGCACCGAUGCCGACCGCCCCGCGGCGGCGCUUCCGGUGCAGCAGCCCCUGUCGGAAAAGCAAAAGGCCCGGUUGCUCCUGGAAGAGAAGAAGCGCCUCGAGAAGGAGCGGGACCGGCUCCACAAGCAAACGGUCCGGGCACAGAUCGCCGCCGACAAGCGCGUCCGGCUCCACGACGAGAACUGGAAGCCGGCGGUGAGCGCGGCCGCCGACAAGACCGGGAACGGCCUCCAGUCCUUCCGCGACCGGCACGGGGAACAAUAGCAAAGCACAAGGCGAGUGCGGAACACACAUCAUAGAAUAUUAUAUUGCAAUAUAUAUAUGUAUAUGUU